AUGAAUCUGGCUUUACAAGUUAAAAAUAAAUUAGGGUUUAUUGAUGGAUCUUCUGUUAGAUCUACUACUGAUGAAGUGUUAGGUAAACAGUGGGAUCAUUGUAGUUCUAUUGUUCUUACAUGGAUUUUGAAUUAUGUGUCUGAAGAAUUAUAUUUGGGUCAUGUUUAUUCUACACUUGCCUUUGUUGUGUGGAAAGAACUAAAAGAAACCUAUGAUAAGAUGCCGUUCUUAAUGGGUCUUGACAGUGUUUACCAGUCUGUAAGAACUUCUCUGUUAACUAGGGAAGUUCUUCCUUCUGUAAAAGAAGCCUUCUAUGUUGUUUCAAGAGAAGAAUCUCACAGAAAUUCAAACAAUUUUUCUGAAAAAAUCUCUAAUAAUCCUGUUGGCUUUGCUGUUAAAACCAGUCAAUCUUUUGAUUCAAAAAGGAAAAAUGUUAGACCCCAUAACCCAAAUCUUAAAUGCUCACAUUGUAACAAGACUGGACACACUGUUGAAAGAUGUUAUGAACUGGUUGGUUACCCCUCUUGGAUGAAAUCUAAAUCAAGUGGUAAUAAGGGAGGCAGGGUUAGUAAUAAUGUGGUUGUUGAUACGUCUGAAACUGCUUCAUCGUCUACUGUGAAUGGUUUGACAAAUGAAUAG